CGUUGUAAAUGUAAUGCUGGGCGGUGAGCUAUGCACCUCCGUGGCAUUGACUUGACUGAAAGAUCAUGCAAGUGAUCAUGAUCGCUCGGUUACAUGCCAUGUAUCAGCGAUCCAGAAAGGUGCUGAUAUUUCUCGUCGUCAUCUUUCUGGCCAUCAGAAUCGCCAACGCUGUGAUGACCGCAAUAACGAUGAUGCAGAUUUCAGGGGAGGAAUUAGUUCUCUCCGGCACCUAUCAGUGCAUGUUCGACUCCGGGGGAGAUUCCGGAUUUCUUGUUUCCAUGACUUGGAUACUUUCUACUGUAUGGGAGGUCCUUGCACUGUGUCUUGCGGUCUGGAUUGCUGUAAAGCACUUCCGUGAAUUGCGAAAACACUCAACAAGAGGUAUUAUCGGUGACUGUUUCAUGGUGCUAAUGAAAACUCAUGUGAGCUACUUUGUGAGGUGAGCUCAUAAUGUGAAUGCGGUUCUCUUCUUCCGCUGAAGUUUU